ACCUUUCUCUAAGUGUGGAAUUCCCCUCCCGUGGUGGCACGUAGCCGAAGGUCAAGAUCAGCAGCAUUCAGAGUGGUACCAGAGGUAUUAGCGGCUUGUGGACUGCAAAGAAGAAGACUGAAAACUGGAGAAGCUUCCCAAGCUGUUCUUGGAAAGGGUGUUUAUGGCUGUAUGCAUUGAGACCUGCCUGCCAGCUAUGUUACUAGUAUUACUGUUAAGUAUUCAGAGAGAUGUUAGGAGGGAAAAGAUGACUUUAGGCAAGGCCUUGCUAGGCAGAUGCCUCCUGUCCAAAACUCCUGUGCCCAUGCAAGGGAAAGAUGUUUGUCCCUGCUGCUCCAUGUCCUCUCCCUGGGCACAGAGUAUGUUCUGCAUGGCUGUCCAGCUGGCACAAGUACCAGACGGAGCGUGAGACUUUUGAGUAGCCAGCAAAGGAUGUGAGAUAAGGGGAACCUCUCAAGGAGGUAAGCCUAACCUAAAGCUUCCCUCCGGAGCAAGCCUUCCGCAGGUCCCUGCAUGUUCCUUGGUGGGCUGCCGGUUCGCUAUGAGUCCCGGUGCUCGUGGGAGUCUGCAGUGGAGGAGGACUGCUGGAGAUGGAGGAGCACAUCUCUUCCCCCACGGCAGGCUGUGUGUCAGCAGUCUGUUCUGCUCAGAGCAUGGCUCUGCUGUCAGCGAGUGUGAUUGGGUUAAUGGAGUGUGUCAAGGGACCAAGGGCAGGGUUUGGCGGUGAGCUACUGACUUGUCAGGCCUGGGGAAGUGGUAUGUAACAGCUCAGCUUCUCACACAGAAUGAGCCUCUGGCUUGGGGCUGUGGUUUUUGUGCUUAUACGUAUAUAUACACACACAUACACACACACACACAUGCAAACACACAUGCAGAAUGUGCAUUUUUUUGUAAUAUAAUCAAAAUGACUUGGAAUGGCUGAUGGCAACACUGGGUUCAGGGAUCUGCAUUUCUGGAAACAGACAGGCUGGUGAUAACAUGAGGUGCAGGAGAUGAGCAGGGUUGUGGAAGUAAGGGGAGGCACUUUGAAGGCAAUGGAUGAGUGAAGGAUGGUUAUGGGGAGAGGGCAGGAUCAUAUGCUGGCAAGGGGAGAUGUACCUCUGACAUAAACACAAGUUAAAGGGCUGGAAGGGCCCAAGCAGAACCGUUCCUGGGAUGUCAGCAGUGUCUAGUGUCGGUGUAAGUGGUCUCAUUCAUGGCAGUCCCAGCCUUGAAGUAGGUGGUGCAAGAUUUCUAUAAGGAGUCUUGAUCAAAGACCUUUUCUUUGUCCUGAUGAAGUGAAACAGGCAUGUUCUGGGAUGAGGGAGUGAUUCAUGGGGUUGCGCGGGAAAGGCUCAUUCCUAUCUUCUGUUUCUUCUAACAGAAGCUGUCCUGUUUGUCCUUUUACUGGAGAAGGGGUUGGAGAGGUGUGAGGAAACCUUUCUACCUUUAACUGAGAGACAAAGUAAAUAAUUCGUCCCUGCUUUGGGAAAUUUUUCCCUUCUGAUUUGGGGUGUCCUUUCCCCUUGCCAGACUCAAGGCUGCUCUGAAUGGCGCCUGAACAUCCCGCAGAGGGAAGUCUUGAAAGACCAUGAUCCGCUAGGUUCAAACCAGCCUGCUGAAGGGUGUGCUGGGGAACCUCUAGGUGUGAAUCACAGAAGUCCAGUGGAUGCAGAGCUCUGUAAGGCUGGAUGCAAAGGAGGAAGCAUGGUAAAGACAGCGUCUUUCCAGGAUCCAUGGGCUCUUUGAGAGAUGAUCAGAGGGAGGCCAGAUGAUCUGCACAACACUCACACCACUGUUUCUCAUCCGCAAAGGCAACAUCGGAGUGUUCUCCCCAGCCCUGCGCACCCCACCUUGCCCGAUCGUUUCCGGAUGUUCCGCAGCUGGGAGUGGGAGGUCCUGGAGCGAUCCCUCAAUAUCCUCCAGGCCAGUGACUUCUACUGGGGCCCUUUGUCUGUGGGAGAAGCUCAUGCCAAGCUCCAGCGGGAGCCUGUUGGCACUUACUUGGUGCGAGACAGCUCGCAGGGGAACUGCUUGUUCAGCCUGAGUGUGCGGAUGCCGACGGGGCCUGUCAGCCUUCGAAUCUCUUUCCAGGAGGGCUAUUUCCGCCUAAAGAACUGGUUUUCAGACUGUGUGGUCCGGCUGCUGGAGCUGGUGGUGGCGGGGACCCGGAACAACCCCUUGCACUUUGAUGAGAUGGGGGGCACCCCCCUGGUCUUCUCUGAGCCACUGUGCCGGAGCCGCCGGUCAGUGCCCACACUGCGAGAACUGUGCUGCCGGAGCAUCCCUGCCAGCACCACGACGGGGGAUGGAGCAGGGCUCGAGGGCUCCUUGGGGAUGCACUCGAGGGAGGAGAUGGUCUCACCUCCAGGCAGAAGGAGAGGGUCAGAAGGGAGCAUGGUCCCCAGCCCUUCUCCGACCUGGGCUAGGAGAUGAUACCAUCCAUGUGGGAGAUGAAGGGGAGACAAAGCCUAUUAUGUGGCUGUGCUGAUGGGACACGUGCCGGUGGGGCUGUACUGGCUGCUGGGAGAGGAAGGGAAGCAGGUCUUGAACCCACUGACUGUGGCAGCUGUGUCCUCAUAUGUGCACAGCCUGUGUCAGCUUCCUCAGAGACAGCUGGGUAAAGCCAACCUGAAGAGCAGGGAUUUCUCCCCCACAGCUAAGUCCCACUCUUUGCUCCAUUUAUAAUUUAUAAGCUGAAUUGCCUGUUCUCCCAGGUCAGUCCCAUGUUUUCCUCUACCCCAAAGUGCCUAAACUUGUUUCUGCUACAAAUCAGUCCUUCUGAAGUGAUAUGGCUGAGUCCAGUCCCACAGCAGCGCAGCUUGGGGCAUCAGCGGGCACCACCCCUGUGUUGACUGAUGUAGCUGUGGCAGAGCAAGAGCACGUUUCAUUCCUUGCAGCAUGAAUCUAAUGUCUGCAUUAAAGGGGGAACUAUUGCAGCCACGUGCAGCUUUUGCAGCGCUUUAUUUGAACAGAUUUUUGGGAGUACAGAUAAGUUACAUUAUACUAAGGGCAUGGGUUUUCCUGCAGAGGUAACCCUGGUCUGGAGAGUCCAGUCUGACCUGGGAGGGUGUAAACAGACGGGAUCCAGCACCCUUUCUUAUGUUUAUCUGAUAGUAUGCUGCUGCCAUCUACAGAUCCUUAAAAGAUGGUUUUGUGGGUUUUGCCUCAAAAAAGGCAAAGAAUUUUUAUAUUAGACUUCAAAGAAUUUUAAUAAACAUGGUUUUAUACUUAUUUUUAAAAGUCAACGAAUACAUGGCAAUAUUUUUAUUCCCUUGCAGUGUUGGAAACCUGAUUAGUUUAGUGCCAAGACAUGGUAAUCGCACUGAAACUUAACAAGUGAUUUUCUUGUAAAGACUAAAAGCAGAUCUUGAACAAAUGGUCCUGUCUGGGAACAAGACACUUACUUCAUCUUGUAGUGUAAUCAAGUAAAGAAUUUCCUGAACAGAAGAUACUUUCUGAAAAUGUAGGGUUGAGAUUUUCAGAAGUAUUUUUACUGCCUUAAAAUUUGUACUGAAUGUUUGAAAGAAACAUGAGUAAUUCAAGGUCCUAGAACAGGGCAGAGCAUCGGUGAUCUCUUAACUGGUGAGGAUGAGUACAAAUGAAAGGGACAAAGUUGGCUUCAACAGAUUUGUGGUUCAUUUCAGGGGUGCAGGCAGGUGUGAUGUCCUUGAAAGAAGUGGCUGAAAACAGCUGUGUGAAAGGAGAAAUUCAGUGUGUUCAGAUGCUGUAAAAUUUGGUGUGUGAAUCAGAUCCAACCGUUUUGAAUGCAGAAGGGAGAAGUGCCCUUGGUGCUACCCUCAGAGCGCUGCCGAGCAUCUCCAGCUGUGUGGGCAGCCUCCUGAGCUCGUGCUGGCUUUUGCCUUCAGACCUGUAUGGGGAGAAAAAGCCAAAUGUGGAGGGAAAUUCCUCUGAAUUUGCUCUUUUGGCUUCAGGUAUCUUAUCUGAGGAACCAAAGUAUACAGUCACUGUGGAGAAAGAGAGGGAGAGAGAGAGAGAGAUGCGGGGUGUGAUUCAUCACAGGAGCCUAACUUACAGACUCUGAAUUAUUCUCUGGAGGGCUCUGUCGCUCUGCUGACGGCGAGGUGCCUGGCCUGCUAUCUUGGGCCACUGCCUUAUGAACUGAUGCAGUGUAAUUUAAGUGCCAGAGAAGGUGUUGCUGCUGGAGCCGUGAUCUUGUGCAGGGCUAGGGCAAAAAGCUAAGCAGGUAAUUGCAUCCAUCAUUGUCACUGGGUCCAUUAGAGGUGAUGAGUUGGAGCCCUCAGAUGACUGAGUUAGGCUGUGAUGCCCUUGGGGAGGGUUGGGGUGCCUUGCGUUACCCCAGGCAGUGUCACGAGGGGGACUGGGGUUCAACCCAGCCCGUGAGUACAGCCUUGUGUGUCUCCAGCUCCCACACACACCUCAGGGUUAUUGAUAUCUCCAGCUCCUGAAGCUGAGCUGUCCUGGCACUGUAACCUGUGCGAUGAUUGUGGGUCUUGGCAGGCGGCAAGCUGAGUCCUUCUGCAGGGUGCCUGGCUGCAAGGCCAGCAGCAUCCUGGGCUGCGCUAACAGGAGCACCGCCAGCAGGCGAGGGCAGCAAUUACCUCCCUGUGUUCACCCUGUACUCACUUAGAUCCCAGUUAGAAUGUUGCAUACAGUUUUGGCCUCCCCGAUGCAGCAAAAAUGCAAUAAAUUGUAGUAAGAUCAGGACUAGGGGGUGACCUCAAGAAGCUCAGGGAGCUGGACCACUUGCCCUGUGGGAAGAGGCUGAGGGAGCUGGGCUCAUUCAGCCUGGAGGGGAGAUACUCUGCUUUGGAGGGACCUAAGAGCAGCUGGCUUGUAUCUUCAAGCUUAGCUAGGAGCCAGGCUCACUGCAGUGGUGAAUGGUGAGAGAAUGACGCACAGCAGAUUUAGGGGAAACAAGUCCAGGCUGGCUAUGAGGAGACCCUUUCUUCCUGUGAGGGAAGCUUGGAUGGGAGAUAGGUUGCCUGGAGAGGUUGUGUGGUCUCCACACCUGCAAGUUUUCAAGACCCAGCUGGGUCAAGCCUGGAGCAACGUGGUGUGACCUUGGAGCUGGACCUAGCUGGAGUCCCAGGCUGGACUAGAAGGGACCUCCUGUGAUCCUUUCCCCUGAACAACUCUGUGGUCCUGUGUUUUAUAGGGCAGGGAGGUGUGGCUAGUCAUGGAGGAGUUGGGGGAACAGAGGGGUGCUGGUUCUGGUGCUGCAGGUGCUGUGCCUGCAGAGCGCCCUGCACAGGGACCAAGGUGGCAUCAGUGCCAGCUAAGUGCUAUGGCAUGUUGUUAGAUAGAAAACCACAUCCCUCCUACUUUCUCCACGCUACACGGAACAUUCCCAGGCCACACACGUGCUCUGGGUGCUGCUAUGUGCUUGGGCUAAUCUUGGGCACCAUCCCGUUGCUCACUCUCAAUGCUCUUUGCGGUGUCCCUGUUCCAGCAGAGUGCAAGCCUCCUGUAGCUCCUCUGCCUACCCUGCCAGCCCCUCUGGCCAUCUCAGGUGGCUUCAGGCACCUGUGAUUUGGGACUGUGCCCUGGCUCUCAGGUGAAGCCCCUGCCUCAGCAGGGUCAGCUGCGUGGCUGCCCUCCCUCUCUGCCCACUGCGGAAGAAAUGGGACUGGGUCUGCUGUCCCAGGCGCUCUGCCCAUUCCCUCAAUCCUUGUCUUCCUUGAGGCUGUCAUCGCCAAGGCAGAUUGGCUGCCUUCCCACCUUCCCUUCAGAAACCGGGGUGGGGGGAAGGAGCGGGCUAAUUUCUUCCACGUUUAUAACAGAGCAGAGGAAUGCUUCUGUUUUAUGGCCAUGGUUAUAGCUCGCUGAGGGAAGAGCUUUCUAACCGGAUUGCUCUGACCUGGCUGUGAACUGUUCUCAUUUGGCUGAAAACGAGCAUCUUGGGUUGAAUGGCUGGGGGCUGCAGAAGAGCCCCGUUUUCAGCCAGGAUUGUGCCUUGCGAAAAUCACACUGAGGGAAGAGGAAAUAGUUUGGAUUUUAAUGAAGUCUAUUGUAUUUUUCUCGUUUAUAUAUUUUUUUUAAUUGCACAGCAAGUGCUCGCCUCUGUCUUACAAGUAAGUCAAUUCCAUGCAGGGCUGUAGCAAAUUGAUUUGAGAUCUGUGGAUGAAAAGCGGUGAAUGACUGCCAAGCAUUGUUAUAUUAUGGAAGUUUAAAGCACAUUAUGGGCAGAUAUCCUCUUUAUUCCUAAGGAGAGGUCACUUUACAGAUCAGGAUUGGUACAAGAAAAGAAACCAAUUUGGGAAGAACACCGUCUUCCUUCACUUUCUGCUUGGACAUUGGAAGGGAAACCGUCUUCCUUAAACUCUUUAGAAAAAGGUGUGCAAAGUAAAACCCUAAGAGUUUACUUCCAUGGAGUGGCUGCAAAUGAUGUCCUGGUGCUUUCAUUAAUGAGCGAAGAUGUCCACUUUCAUCAUCUUGCCCCUGAACCGGUCCCUCUGCCAUGUAGGAGCAGCUCCUGGUGGCCCGUGUUCAAAUGUUUCUUUUCGUGGCUCCUAAAGGGACUUAUAAAGAAAUUACAAACUUCCUCACAACCUCUUGAGUGCCAUUUGGGGAACAGAAGAAAAUUGUUUGCAUUUUUAUAUGUUAUGUUAUACAUUUCUCCAGCUGACUCAUUUCAGUUUGUUGAGGAAACUUAUACAGCCUCACAGAUGUUUUUUUUCAACUGUUCUUCCAAACAGGAGAAGUUGAAAAGUUUAGUCUUCAUGAGAGGGGCUUCUCCUACUGGGCUGCAAAGGGCCUGGAUUUUGGUCCCAACAUGCUGCAGGCAUCCAGCAGGAAAAUGCUCUUCCAUCUGCUCCUGACUAGCUGUGUGUUAGGCGUGCUCUGGGGCCCCGGGGGUUAAUAUCCCAAAAUCCUUUGCUGAAAGUUGUUAAUAACUUCCAUAUGUACCCGUGUGUGCGCACAGGAGGGGCCCCACAGCCAGCAGCUCUUGUAAUAAUACUUGAUUACCUCUGACACAAGGGUCUGUAUGCCAUGAGGGAUCCUCCGUGAUGGAUCAGGAUGCACCAAAACCCACAAGUUUGUGCAAAUAUAUUUAAAAAAAAAUAUUAACACUUGAGCAUCCUCAGGGUUUGGAGAUGAGCUCCUUCUAGGUAGGCAAGCUUUAAAAUAAAACCUUCUCUGUACAAACAGCUGGGUCUCAGUUUUGGACCUCUACCCUAACUCCCAAAAUGUCUGUGUCCUGGGUCUUCAAAUGUGCUAAAAACCUUAGAAUACCUUAGUUAGGGGAGUGUGGUGGGUUUGUCCAAUUGAGAUGGUUUUGCACCGAUUCCUUAGAUGUUUGGCAUCUGCAGAGUUAGAGUAGCUGCAUGCACUCAAGCUUUUUUUGUCAGCCCCGUGCUAUUGCCUGGUGCAAAGGCAGGGCUGCUGAGGGCAGCGUUCAAAGGGACAGCUGGUGUCAAAGGGAGAGACAGCAGAGCUGCUCUGUGGCUCCUGAUGCCUCCCUGCAGAGCUGCCUGGGUCUCUGCGUGCUCCUGCUGCUGUGUGAUCUCAGCUGGGGCUGGCGGAGCUGGGGUUUUGAUUCAGGUAAAGCGGAGUACUUCCAAAUGCUUCCCAUGUCAGGGCUGGCUCGAUAGACUAGGACCGUUCAGCUGGGAAAAGGAAAUGGUUGAUAUCUGUAGCAGAGACCUGUGAAGCCUGGAUACUGUGGAGCAGGUGGCCCAGUAAGUGUGUUUUCUUAACAAAACAAGGAGGUGUCUGAAAAUACUCAAGUGCAAGACUUGAAAGAAACAAAAGGAGACAUUUAUUCAUGCAACACCUUGCUUAAGCUGUGGAAGUCCCUGCCACCAGUCAACUAUGAGAUGCCAACUUCUUUGUGGGUACAAAAAGAGAUUAAUGGUGAUUAGUGAAGCAUCUCUGGAUCAGCAAAUGCUGAGCUAAGGAAUAGAGGAGAGGUGCGAUCCCCGUGCGGCUUUGAGCUUUGUGCUUUGUUGGGCAUGAAUCUGCUGUGGCAGGAGUGUAGGAGCAAGCCAGCCUGAGCUCAGUCUUGGGCUCAACAGCAGUGGGUACAGCCUAAGCCAGCUGAGCCAGCAGUGUAGCAGGGGAAAAGCUGUGCUGAGCUGCGGGAGUGCGUGGAGCUCCCGUGCUGAGCUCCUGGCGCCCAUGCUGGGGCCUCUGGAGGCAGAUGGGGGUCUGCACAUGGGCGACCCAUAUACCCACCAGGGUGGUGUGCAGUUGCAUGCUCUAGAGGCUGUUUGAUGGCAGCCCCAGAAGGAGCCACCCCGGGGCUCUUCCAAAUUUCAGGAGCAGAAGGUUGGGGACACCCAUCUGAUGCCUGGAGGGAAGCACCAGCAGAGGCUGGGGAGAAAAAUGUUGCCAUUAUCCAGAAUGAGUGAAAGACUCCAACUUGUCAGCUGAGGGUAUCAGGGGAGCCCAGCAUCAGCCCGAGGUGAUGGCUAGGGCGGCUCUGCCCAGCUGUGCCAGUUGGGGGAGGGCUAGGGGUUCCAAUCCAACCAUCUUCCUGUCAGAAACGAGCUGCACAGCUUUGAAAAAGGUAUGCAAAAUGCCCUAAGCACUGGCAGCCCCUUAGGUUGGUGUUUGAUUUAUCCAACCCAGAGCAAACAACGUGCAUACACUUUCAAAGGAGGAGGUUUUGGCUCCUGGGCUACCUGCUUUCCCAAGACACCACUGGUGCCAGCAGAGCUGUCAACCUUCGAGCUGGUCCCCAGUGCCAUUGAAGUCAAUGGCUAGGCUGUUGUUCCCCUUGGAAGAUUUUGGAUUAGACCCUUCCCAUUUUGUUAAGCCAAUGUGAGCAAAUGUGGGUUUUCAACGCUAAACAUAAUCAAAACAAACCCUGCUCCCACUGGCUUCUGCAACAAAUCAUGCUGGGGGAAUUGCUGGCAUUCAGCGUGAUUAGCCCAAGUGCAGAUGCCUUCCAGCUCGUAAACAAUAGCCUAAAGGAUUGGAGAGGAUCACAAACAACGCACUUACAGACAAGACAGCAUUUUCAAAAGGGACUUGAGAGCUUAUGUCCAUUGGGGGUUUGUCUUUUAAAAAUAAGCCAGAAGUAAACAAAUUGACAAAGACGGCUGUGAAGAAUCUAAGAGGAUGAAAGUGAGAAGACUGGAUAUAAUACUUCAGAAAUGAAUUUGGCAGAAUGAUUAAGGUAGGUCUAAUGGGUCCUUUUAAACUUCUAAAGGAAAUGUGCCCAGAGCCUUGGGAAUGAGCAGGGACUGGAAACCCCACCUGUCUGUGCUGAUGAGGCCAGAUGGGAUGUGGAAAGCGCACAGGAGAAGACCCUGCUCCAAUUCACAGGAAAAAGUAAUCCCUUAAAAAGCAGUGAUAGCAACAGAAGAAUUUGGCAGCUUGUGUCUGUUAAGUUUGAUGGGGAUUCAGUCUGAAAGGGACAUCCCUGCACUGCAAGCUAGUGACAAAUUGCUGUGAAUUUCAGACUGAAGGCAAUUCAAUUUAUGUCUACCAUAGUUUUUAUAUCGUACUUUUAUUCUACAUUUUAAUUAAAUUUCACUUUUCAUAAUAACGCUUUUAAAUGUGGGCUGGAUUAUUUUGCAUUGUGCCUCUUUUCUCUUGGCCCUGGCAGAGCGAAGGAGCAAGUGCCCAGCUUCACACCCAGGAGCUCCUGCAAAGGGCCAGCAAAGUUCUCAAUGCUGAUGGAGCUAUUCACUCAUUUAGAUGCCACAAUGAACUGGAGCUGUGGCGGGAGCUUGCCAGCGCCACUGUAACUGAGAUGGCAUUCCAAGUAAUGCUGGGUCCAGAAAGGCACCAGCAUCCAUCAUGCCUUCCCUGGUUCUGUACGUACUGGAGACACGCUCACUCAAGAGACCUCUUAGUUUGAAAGCUUCAGCCUGAAAGGUAGCUGCGAUUCUGAGUGCAGAGUGUGUACAUUAGAGGAAGGUAUGUAUGUGUCAGGUCCUUGUGGUGAGACUUUUAGGUGCACCUAGAGUUGUUUGGGGGUUCAUUGAGUCUCAAACCUAAAAUAAUACAGGUGCAAAUCCAGAUGUUCUAAGUAGUAUUCAUCCUCUCGGUUGUAACCCUUGUUCUGUGGUACUGGGUUGGGUGGGAAAGGACUGAUGGCUCCUUUUAUGCUUGGGAUUCUGUGAAGAGCUCUCCAAGGAAUUGAGAUGGGAGAACAGGGCAGUGGGGAACAGGAGGUGAAGAUCUUUUCCUGCUCUUACAGACUGUGCAGGGAAUUGGCCAGAUACGAAGGCAGCUCUAAUGUACGUGCUGAAAUACCUAAAAUAAGCCAUGCAAACAAAUCAGUCGUAUGUUAUCCAGAUGGGACUGUUCAAAUCCAAUAAUAGCAGUAAAGUGCUCCCGAACUCUGCGAAGAGAGAGAUUAUAGAAGGAUCAGGUAUAAUUAUAGUGCCUUAUUAUUACCAUUCUCAUCGUUCUUUCUAACAAAGCUUUUCAAUAGGGUAAAAAAACUUCUUGCAGGAGAACGUAAUGUGUUUGCUGGCAUUUUUUCAUUUUUCCUUCCAAGGCUGUUCAAGUCAUUCCCUGCAAAUGGUGUUAAUAAAUACUGUAAUGAUCUUGGACUAUAUUAUCUUUCAGACGAUACCUUCCUUAGCAUCUUGCUAUGGCCUUCACUACAGCAAACCCUUCUCCUAAAAUGCCUCACUGUUGUUACCACUAGUGAGAGCAAACCACCCCACUGCUGCUCUGAUCCUUAUUUUGAUAUGUGCAAGCAAUGCCCUUAAAA